AUGGAUCCUCCCCCACCGUACACACCGCUUCUUGGGGACGCUGACCCACAGCAUCUACAAUACCCGCCGCCACCCCCUCCCGCAUCUCUCCGGCCGGUGCCCCCACAGUUACCACCUAGGCCGCCAUCAAAUCAGUUGUCAGCAUGGGCACAAGACAGUAAGACUGGUCAUGGUCGGUCGGCGUCACAGGUAUCGCUUGUGCCAGUGAGUGAUGAAAGCAAACGGACGUUACUGGUGAUUUACAUCCAUGGCUUUAUGGGAAAUGAGACAAGCUUUCAGAGCUUUCCUGCGCAUUUGCAUAACCUUCUUUGUGUAACGCUGGAUCCGUUGGGGUAUCUAGUGCAUACAAAAGUUUAUCCAAAGUUCAAGACACGAUAUAAUAUUCUUGUUGCUACAGAGAACUUCUCCAAAUGGCUAUCGAAAUUCGAGAAUGAAAACACAGAUGUGAUUCUAUUGGGACAUUCGAUGGGAGGUCUGCUUGCUGCCGAUGUUGCCUUACUUAAAGAUUACACGGGAAAGAAGCGUCAUCGAAUUCUGGGGAUCAUUGCUUUCGACACCCCGUUCCUCGGUAUGCACCCGGGUGUCAUCUCAGCUGGUCUCGGUAGCAUUUUUCGUCCUGCCCCCAAGAGUCCAGGAGAGGAUGCACAGGGGCUAUAUGCCAAUAGCGCAGAAGGCUCGAGCCAGAGCAAUAUGUCCCUUCACACCAUGAACUCUGGUGGCUCCCAGGUAGACGAGUUUUACUCCAAACCGCCAGCGAGAAACUACACCGUUGUUUUACCAAAAAUAGAGGGAACUUGGGAUUCUACACUUCAUUUUAUAAACAAGUACCACUCGCGCCUUACAAAGGCGACAGGUCAAUAUCUCAUGUCUCAUCUUGAGUUUGGUGGGUGUCUCGCAGACAUCAUAGGACUCAAGAAUCGAUAUAGUGCCGUUCGCGCUCUCGAGGAUGGUGUUAUAGGUGUCAGCGGCAAUACUGAGCGCGUGAGAUUUGUUAACUAUUAUACCUCUUCAACAGGGAGAAUCAAAGAAACCACCGAGACCACAGUUUCACCUGAUUCUGGCAAAGUGAGGGCUUUUGAUGGCGAACAUGGCGUUCCGGGAGUGGAGCUGGAUCACGAUCUCAUUGGGCACGAAAGAUCAAGUCAAUACAUCGAGUAUGGUGUUGUGGAAGUGGGUGAGCCUAGUAGCAGCUCUAUGAAACAUCAAAGAAAUGCCAGUGCGAGCUCUUAUAAUACUGCAAGUUCAACGGACGACAUGAAGCAUAUUCCUGCUGACCCAAUAACGGACGAUGAUGGGAAUGGGGAGUAUAACGAGAAAUCCGGAUACAAUGAUAGUGGAGAGCCCUCGCCCAUGUAUCCAAUAUCCCGCCAGAUCACCACAGACACCAUGGAAACUCUGGAAAAGCAAAUAUCCAUAGAUCUCACUCUCUCGGACUUUCAAUUACCACCUAUACCGCCACCUCCAGAGGAGCCACCCUCAUUCGAUUACUCUCAAAUACCCGACGCCAUGGUUCGUAAAGUGGCUGAAAAAGAAGCAGCAAGGGUACGGAAAGCUUGGGAGAAGGCAGUAAAAGACUACGAGAAAGCUGUCAAUAACCGUGAAAAAGAACUAGAAAAGUUGAGAAAGAAUAAGGGUAAAGGGGUUGAUCGUGGUAUAAAAGACGAAGAUAGAAAAAAGGAGCGUCAGCUGAAGGAUAAGGCAAAGGAGAUAGAACGCCGGGAACGUGAGCGGAGAAGAGAACUUAAAGAAUGGGAUAAGGAGAAGGACCGAGAAGAGAAAGAAAUCCAAAAGAAGUUAAAGGAAGAGGAUAAAGAAAGAGAGGUUACGGAUAGGGAUAGAUUGAAGUUAAUGCGAGGAUGGGAGCGGGAGAAGGAAAGAGAAGAAAGAGAGAUCCAGAGGGAGCUGGAAAAGAAGGAACGUGAGAUUGUGAGGGAGCUAGAAAGAAUGGAGAAAGAGGUACAAUUGAGAAGGGAGAAAAAGCAAGGUGAAAUUGAGAACGAGAGAGAGAAGCAAGAGAUCGCGAUGGGAAGAGAAGGAAAUGAAAAGGAGGAACCUCAAUUAACAUCACAAGGAAUCGAAGAAAACACACAUGAAAAACAAGAACUUGAGCGUCUUCGCAAGGAACAAGAACGUAUGGAUGCCGAGCAUCGACGUAUGAACGGCAUUCCAGAGCCUCCUGUACAGCCACUUUCGCCAAGAUCCGCACCUCCAUCGACAGCCACAAUAUCGGCCUCUUCUUCACGUUCGAAUCUGCCGAUAUCGUCCCCGGCUUUACGUCCCGAAACGCCCAAGAGUAAUUCUGCAUCCCCGAAGCCUAAGGGAAAGGAUAAGAAGAAAAGGGAUCGCAGAUUCUGCUGUUUGCCUAGCGAUAAAAACGAUAAAUGUUGGGUAAAAGUAGAGAUGAGAGGUGUCGAUGAAGUGGGAGCCCAUUGUGGCUUGUUCUUUGUCGGGGAAGCUUACGAAAGACUGGUUGGGGAUGUUGCAGCGAGGAUGGAGGAAUGGGUAGGGGAGGAGAGAACUAGGAGGAUUCUGGAGAGUCUGUAG